UAAGCUUUUCUAUAAGCGUAACGUUUCUCUGCCAACAAGCAAGCUUUGUUAUACAGAAACUUUCUAGAAUCUUCCAGUCACUAUGGUGCGAUUGUCAUCGUGUGAAUUUCAUUGUUGAACGUUAAUUGUUACUGACUUGACCACACAAUCGUUUUUCGACGAGGUCUUCAACGAUCUUCAACAUAGCAUUAGAAGAUCGACGUUCUUUUUGUUUUUUUGUACUAAGGACAUUCUAAUUAAAUUUCCUAUCUGUUGUAUAUAUUUGGCUAGCAGGAAGAUUAGAUUUAUCCUUCACAGCAUCAUCAGCCAUGAGUGAUUCCGAAUCGGAAGAAGAGGAAGUUAAUCAAGAAAAGGACGAGGAAGUUGAAACCGAAUAUGAUUCUGAAACAGCUCAGGACGAAGAAGGUGUAGAUGACAAUGAAGAUGACGAUCAAGAUGAUAUGAAACAAAUUAGCAAACCACCGGACGUCGUAGUAAAACCCAAGGCUAACGGUACAGUCGGUACGAAGCCACAGCAUCCAUCUUACGAUAAAAUGGUAGCUGAAGCAAUGGAACAUUUCGACGAGAAAAAGCGAUCUGGAAUAUCCAUCUCGAAAAUCACUAAAUUUAUCGCGGCAAAAUAUACGGGAGUGGAUAACAUUAGUCGAUUCUUCUGUAAAAAGGCAAUCGAAAAGGGUAUUAAAAAUGGAAUCUACGUAAAGACCACUGGUGUUGGUUUUUCCGGAUCAGUUAAUUUUUCAUCUGACUACAGACAGAAGCAAAAGCGUGAGAUGCAGAAGGCAGACAAGAAUAAUAACAAGCCUAAGACAAAAGCUAAACCGGUGGCCAAACCAAAGCCUGUAAAGGCUAAGACAAAAGCAGAAAAACCUAAAAAAAAGACCGAAAAGCAAACGAGUGAGAAAAUUCCAGCGAAGAAAGCGGAAUCUAAAAUGAAAUCAACCAAAUCCAGCGAUAAAGGAAAGGAUAGUAAUCUCAAAACGGCCCCCAAAAAGAAAACAGCCGCUCCCGGACCAAAAGCGAAAAUCUCCAAACAAUCCGGUAAGGUUCGACUUUCAGUGAGUGCUCAAGCUGCAAUGAAAAGCAAACCGAAGAUCGCCCCCAAAGGAAAAGCGCAACUCGCAACCGAGAGCUCGAAAGCCAAGAAAACAACAACCAAUCCGAAGACCAAAGCAGUACCGGUGACUGCUCCUGCAGUACCUGCCAAAAAAGCCAAGAAGGGCAGUGCUAAAUAAAAUAUGAUUUUUGUUCCUAGAAUAAUUGUAAUGAAUGUUGAAUAUAACGUAUCUUAAGUAUUGAUUACAUUUGAA